AUGCCCGCUGACUUGGUCGAGCUCGUUGGCUGGCUAGUGCUUGCGGACGACGAUCUGCGAGGCUAUGUCCGCUUCCGCUCCGUGUGUACGCACGUGCGGUCCAGCACGCCAUGCCCGCGCGCAAAUGGCAUCGCCGUCGCGCGCUUCCACCCACGCCGGUGGACGAUGCUGCCCGAGGGCCACGAAUUCCACCUUGAAGAUGGCCGGAUGCGUUUCCUCAACCUUGACACCGGAGCAUUCGUCCGCCGCCGGCUCCCUCUUCUCGACGACCACCGCGUCCUCUGCCCGGUCGACGGCCUCCUCCUCCUGCAGCGGAGCCGGCAACACGAUAAUGAAAACGGCGAUGAUGUUUGCCUACUUCACCCCUUCACUGGGACCGUUGCCAAGUUCCCGCCAAUCACGUAUGUCACGAUGAGCUUGGGAUCAAUCCAUUGGAGUUCCCGCAUGAACCGUCCUUACUUGUCGCCAGGCAGGGUGACCGCUUCCUUGAGCAUUGGUGCUGGCAGAGUUCCCAUGCUCAUGAUCGUGCUUCUAGAUCUGCGGCGCAUACUAUUUGCUACCACCAAGGACAAGCAAUGGAGUUUCUCGGCCUGGAGCUUCUCCCCAGAUAACAGCAUCAUAUCAUCCCAAGGAAAAUUUUACAUGCUCCACAAGCCCACGCCAAGCACAGAUGAACUAUGGAUUUUUCAGAUCGACCCGCCUCGCCACGAGAAGACGUCGGGAUUAACUUCAUCUUCGUUUUCGUUUCAGCCACCAAAGGUGAUCACCAUAUUAUGUCCCAAGGCCAAGAUCCGCAGCCCUUUUGAACUGGUAGAAUGUGACUCAAAGAUCUUGCUCGUCGGUUCCAGCAGCGAUCACUCCAAGCGCAUGCUGGUGUACAGCAUAGCGGAUCUCAUCCAUGGAAGACUUGUCCCAUUAAAAAGCAUCGGGGGCAAUACUCUCUUGAUUGAUAUUGCAAGCAGUGAAAGUGUCAUCAGAAGGAGCUUGAGUGUCGGUUUUAUGGCCGUUCCUACCAUUACAGGUGACACCAUUGUACGCAGGGAUCUUACACGUUAUAGAUAUCUUGAACAGUAUCACCUCGGUAAUGUCACUUGGUCAUCAAGAGCGGUGGUGUGCACGAAACAUAAUGCGUACUGGCGUUGCACCUGUGGCCUCAUUAACCAUAUCUACGGCGUCUGCCAUUGUUUUUUUUAUUAA